CUCCGCCCGCCGUGAUGCGCUCGGGAGGCGUCUCCGCCGCCGCCGCUCCGCGGAGCCGAACCGAACCGCGCAAUGGCGGGUUGAAGCGGCGAAGCGAAGAGGAAGGAGAUCGGUGGGCGGUGAGAGACCUGGAGCGGCGUCUCGGCCUGCAGAGAUGGAUGCGUGAUCUGCACAGCGCUGUCCGUCCGUCCGUCCGUCCGCAUGUAGCACGGGGGGGUCUACACGUCAUCCACGGAUCGUCCACCCCGCACCUCGCCAGCCCCGCACUCAGAGCUGCUCGGAGCGCAACGGGACACGCCGGCACCGCCGGCCGAACCGCACCGCGAUGUCACCGCUGGGUCGAGGCGAUGUCCCUCGGGUGAGGCCGGGCUGCCCGUAGGGAGCGCUGAGUCCGUGCAUCCCCUGCCCUGAGCCGGCCCAGCACCGGCUGGAUCAUCCAUGGGAUGCUCAGCCCUGAGAGCAGCGCUGCAGCCGAACCGCUCCGACCCAACGGGAGGAAGUUCUCAUCUCUGAAGGUGCCCUUGAGCAGAUGAGUGACAAAGUAAUGAACGGGCGGGUGCCCCUGCCUGAAAAAGCCUUGUCGGAGGGUUAUGCACGGCUGCGGUACCGGGACACGUCGCUGCUCAUUUGGCAGCAGCAGCAGCAGAAGUUGGAGUCGGCUCCUCCUAACACGUACCUGAGCCGCAGCCGCAGCAUGUGGUACUCACAGUACGGCAACGAGGCCAUCCUGGUGCGGGAUAAGAACAAGCUGGACGUCUCCAGGGACACGGGGCAGUCCAAGUUCUGUGCUAUCAUGUAAUUCGGUGUCGUUAAUCUGCACGUGGACACGAAGCAGGAUUGCACCACCCCAAGCACGGGGCUGCGGCCAUAGCAGGGCAUGGGAUGGGGCUGAGCGGCUGCCGGAGGUUUCAAUUGCUUUGUGCUGUCGGUGGCAUCUCAUGUGGUGUGUUGUUGUGUGCGUACAAUGGGAACUAUCUUGCUCAGGGUGCGAGAGCUGGCAGCGUCCAACUGGACCAUGUGUGGCUGGGAUGGCUGUACCAGAACUACCUGGGACAGAGGGUGUUAAUUGAGUGCCCAGCACUGCAGUGUUUAACACUGGGCUGAGGGCACAGCCCAGCCUGGACACCCCACCCAGCAAUGCUGGGACAUGAGCUCAGCUCCAGGCCAACCAGGACCUGGCAUUGACCUCAAGGUGGAUCAUUUACCUGUCUAAAGUCAGGCAUUGUGUUGUAUUUAUCCCAAACUUUUCCCUUUAAAUAGAGUUCAAGCACUUUAUUUUAACACAGUGAAGAACUUUCUCCCUCCUCCCCUUGCCAUGUGUGCUGAAUGCUGGAUCACAAAGGCACGAGCAGCACACACCUGUGUUACCCUGAGUGGAUGCACUGCAAACCACGGGCAGCUGUUUGUAACGUAACUAUUAAUGCAUGUGUGUGUGUUUGGUGCUGUGUGUGUGUAUGUGUGUGCUCAUAAAGCCAAACCUGCUAGUGGACCUCCGUGCUUCACCCACCUGCGUGUCUCUGUGCAGAUGCUCCUCUUGAGGCUCAAUGGGACGAGCUGGGAAAUGAUCUGAUGCUGUUUGCUCAAGCUGGGAAGCAGCACUCAGCAAAUGAGCUGGACUCAGGAAGCUGCAGGGAUGGGCAAAGCAGUGCAUGGGCUGCAGGAUCCAGUGGGUGCUCGUAGCAGUGAGCUCAUAGCACUGCAGGCUGAGUAUAAGGGAUAAACAACAGCACAUCCCCCACCACCCGCUGUUUCUUUCCUUAUAGAAAAUACCCCCAAAAAAUAGCUUUAUUUUUUUAAUUUCAGUAGGAAAGAUGCUGCUGCUGUUGGCUAUAAGCAGCCCCUUUUUGUUCACGUGGCUGGUAACCAAAAUCCUCUUUGAAGAGUCAAACUAUUCAGGAAAGCAAAGCAUGUGUCUGUGUUCCUCCAGCAUAGAGAAGUGUGACCUGUCCUCCCCCUCCACCCCUGAGUGUGAGAGCAUUUUCCAUAGCCCCAUUAGUCCCCAUUAGUCACAGUAGCUUUGUGGAGUGGCUGCUUUGAAGCGAGUGUUGCUGCAAGCAGUGGUGUAGAUGCACUUGUUGAAAAUGCUGCUGUAACCUCUUGGAUAAAGUGCAUUAAAAUGAUUUGAAUGCA